AUGAAGACUUGCACAGCUCUCAGUCUGGCAUUGGCGUCUGCCGCCAGUGCCCACCGGCUUACCGCUCGUCAAGGCGUCACGGCCGAUGACUUUGCCGUCCAAACUCUCAAAAACAUUGAGAGCAAUUUCAAAAUGAAUGACGCCAGCUUGCCCAAGCUCAAUGUUACCAAGGAGUGGCAGCACAUCUGCUUUAGCAACUUGAAUUACGGAGAGCAAGUUUCCUUCUUCAAGACCGGGACCAUCAGACGCGACGACAUCCUAGACGCAAAGGCCUACUACAUUGCCCACGUGGAGACGACGGCAGUCAAUCCGGGCCCGGGCAAUAAGGCCAGCAAAAUGACCAUGAGCAGCUCCACCACCACGUCCCAGGUGGACACCAAGGGCUGGACAGUCGGCAUCAAGCUCACCGGCACCGUUAGCACCGGCGUCGUGCCAGGCGCCCCCUCGGCAAACGGCGGCGUCGAGAUCUCGGGAUCCUACACCGACACCACGAUGAAGACGGAUUCCACGACCAAAACCGUCACGCGCGAGGAGGAGUGCGAAGUCGGCUACGAGUGCCGCCUCGAAACGUGGACGUUCCACCUGGAUAUCCACGCCAAGCCGAGGGUGGACGGAGCUUUCCAGCUAUGGGAUCUCGUCAACGGCUACGGCAAGGAAAUCCCGACCUGCUCCAUGCCCAAGAACUACCGAGGCUGCACGCAAUUCACGCAGAGAAUCGACGAGUGGUGCAAGGAGGAGACGCUCCCCGGCGGCGCCAUCUACAUCCCCGCCAAGCAGGAGGAAGUGCACAUCAAGGCGCCCGUCUUCGAAGCCAACGGCUACCAGACCUUUACCCGCAUCGUCAAGGUGUUCAACCCCAUUGUCAAGAGCCAAAAGGCCCGCGCGGCAGAGCCCACCAUUGGAACCAAGGAGACCGUCAUGGAGGCCAUGAAGCAGGGCACCAAGUUCAAGUUUCUUGACUAA